UGCUAACAGGAGCUCAAGGACUUUUCUUCAGUCUUAUAUAACUUGAUAUCAGACCUCGUCGCUGUCUUCAAUACAUAGGCGAAUAAAUCGGUAGUAUCAUACCAGUCCCGAAGGAAGAGUUAGAACCAGCAAAAUGCGAGUGUGGGUAUCAUCUCACGGCGCUGGAGCCAUCAACACUUUAGACAACUCCUUCCGCAUCACAGCCAGCGAGGGAGGGUCAGUGAUACGACCGACGAAAGCCGGGGAACUCAAAGGAACUGUUCUAUUUCCUCUCCACGGCUUACCGAGUAGUAUUUCCUAUUACAACAAGGUAGCGGUUGACUUCUCAUCUCAAACCGCACGUGUUGAUGAGGUAGUAAUUAUGUCCGGUAGCGAUGAGGUCUUCCAGAAGAAGAGGCUGCGCAAAACUGGAGACUUCACAAUCCCGUUGCACGGCCACCAUGUCAAAGCGGAAGAAGAGGGGAAAGGCUUGGCAUUAUGGCUCAAGGUAGAGUUUGAGAAUGUGACUGCAGAGCUUGAGUUCCGGUCAGUUGGACUUGAGGUUGUUGUGACUUCUCCGCCGCCAACCGAAAAGAUGAAACUCGAUAGCGGGUCUUGGAAUACUGGCGAUGUUAGAUCAUGGGAUCAUCCUAGAGAGAAGACCGAAGGCUUGGUCAAAUUCACCAACGAGUUUAGCUCAAUUCCGACCGUGUUGGUUAGCAUGAAUACCGCAAGUGUUAAAGGAGGUUCUAAUUUUAGAGUCAAGGUUUACGCGACAGAUAUUAGCUCUCGUGGGUUCACCAUCCAUGCAGAUAGCUGGGCAGACACGGUGUUAUAUUCGUGCGGCGUGACAUGGUUAGCAAUAGGAUCUUGACAUGUUAGCGAGGAUGCCUCGGGACAGUUAAGAACACUGGGAGAAGUAGGGACUGAAAGUGGAACCGUUGGACUUGGGACAAGUAAUUUAUAGACCUAC